AUGACUCAGCAGGAUAUCCCGGUGCCUCGGUGCCUGAAAGCGUGGGGCGUCGAACUCGGAGGCGACGGGAAACCCCGAUGUCUUAAUGUAACGCGAGUUCUCAAGAAAAGCAACAAUGAUUUUGAGCGCUGGAUAGAAUCUUGGUAUCAGAGGUGUAGGAGAAAGCAGCUAAGCUGUGGCGAUACUAAUCAGGCAUUUGGUAUCAUGGAUGGGAACACCGACAAUGCUUACGAAGACGCCGUGCGACACAAGAAAAAACCCAACCGCGAUGAAUAUCUGCAUGAAAUGGAAGAGCGCAUUCGAUCCUUGCAAGAGGAAUUGAAUGAAGCUCGUGCUUCCAAGAGACGUCGGGUCCAGAGUGAUUCCGAUGCAGACCCGGAGCAGGGUCAACAUUCGGAUGAAUCCGAGUCAGAAAUACCUUCCCCGAGAGAUGACACCAGUCAAGUGCCUUAUGAGGCCGACACCAACGGAGGUGAUCGCGAUGAAGGGUCAUAUACUCUCAAAACCCCGAAAGGCGCGAUGCGCUUCUUUGGCGCGUCCUCUCAUUUUUCCAUUGCUUCUCCUGAAGGUGCGGGAUGGCUUGAAAACACAAAGGGUAACAAUAUGUGGCGCCAUGCGGUUCAGAGAAAUGGAAGUCGAUGGAGGCUAGCCGACUGGUACCCCAAAGCUCUUCAAGAUGAUUCUCAAAGCAGGUGCUCACUCCCACUACCGUCUAAGUCAGAGACAUUAGAGCUGGUCCACGAAUAUUUCGAGACGUUCAACAAGGCUGUGCCGCUAUUCAGGCCUGAAAGCUUUAUGAUCCAGGUCAAUAGACACUUCUCGUGGAAUCCAAACGAGGGAUCCUCGUGGUGGGCUGCGUUAAAUGUUGUCCUCGCCUUUGCAUACAAACAAAGAGCCGAGGGUUCAGGAGGCAGUAGCGAUGACUGGCAAAAAUCCCUUGGCUGCGUCAGAAAUGCAAUGAAUGUGGUUACAGAAUUUUUCAUGCGAACUUGUGACCUCCUUGCUGUUCAAGGGCUGCUCGGCCUAGCACUUUACUUUCAAGGGACGCCAAACCCCCAACCUCUUUUCAUGUUUGCUGCUUCCGCUGUGCGCCUCUCGCAUUCUAUCGGGUUGCACAAAUCCAACUCUCUUGGUCUUCCAGAGCCCCAGGUAGAGGAACGAAAGAGGGUCUUUUGGAUAGCGUUUAUUUUAGACGCCGAUGUCUGUCAGCGGACCGGCCGCCCUGGGUCGCAGGACACGCGCGACUUCAGUACUUUACUCCCUUUUGAGGACCCACCUGAUGGGUUGGGUAUGAUGGAGAUCAGAGGCACGAAGAUCAACUUCUUCUCGGCUCUCGCCCGACUUGCUGUCAUACAACGCAAAGCUUGCGAUACACUUUACAGUACUGAGGGGUUCAAAAAGACCCGUGAAGAGUUGAUGAAAGAUGUGCGGGAGUGCUUUGAGGAGAUCGAAGCCUGGAAACAAAGUAUUCCACCGAUAGUUCGGCCGCAGCGAAACUUUGCGGGUUGUCACCACCCCUUUUUACCGCAUAUCUUAAGGCUUCAUUUUGCCUAUCAUUGUUGCUACCUCAAUAUCCACCGUGUCUUUUUGAUCCCUCGAAGAUGGUCAAAUACACCAAACGAAAGGCCAAGCGCUCCUGGGUUGCCGAUUGAUCGAGAAAACUCAAUAGAGCAAUCACUGGAGGCAGCACGGGCCGCGAUUGACUUGAUUGGUCAUGUCGAAGGUGGCUUCGGUCAAUCAUUUGAAUGGGGCAUCGUUUAUUUCCCUGCUGCAGCUCUGGUCGCUUUGUUCUCUCAGAUCAUAGCCAAUCCCUCCCGUCCUGAUGCCAAAACUGAUAUAUCGAGGAUCAAUGGGGUAGUUGCGUUUUUGGCAAGAGUGGCAUCCCAGGAACAAGACACGUAUAUGGAUUAUGUCUUGGCUAUGUGUACGGAUUGGGAAAACUUGGCAAGAAGAGCGAUCCAUCGCGCAAGAAAUCCCCCAGCGGAGCGCAGGGGGGCAAGCCACCCACCUCAGGCUCAGGGGCAAAGACGGUCACAGAAUCCCAAUCAGCCCCAGAGGCCUUUUACGCCGGGGUUCGGUCUUAUUGAGCAUGCUCGGAUCGACGGCAACAUUGUUCAGUCAAAUCAUCUGCCUUCAGAUCAAGCUUUGUAUGGUACAGGGCCAUUGUCAAUGGCUACUCCUAUUGCUUGGAAUUGGCAAGAUAUGCUAGCAGGCGCACCUCCUUCUUACGAUUUCGGCUUAUUUGAUCUGGCUGGUAAUAAUGGAGAAUCAUGA